AUUUCCUUCCCCGUCUAUAUCACAGUCGUCAAAAUCUCCUCCGAGGGCGUAGUGAAUGCAGGUUUUCGUUUCUCUCUGUGUAGGCUACGGAUAAAUUAAUAAUGUCCACUGAUUAAUUAGCUAGGCUAUAAUCCUCUCUCACCCAAACAUGUCACCAGACUACACCAAAAGGACGAGCCGAUUUACUAACUUAGAUUCCAGCCCACAACAUGAAAUAACAAUUAAAACAAUAUACAUAUCGUGUUUCCCCUAAUUUUCGGAUAGUUUUUACUUGGUGCCCAAGUCAAGGGGACCGCAAUUUACCCCCGCAAUUCAAGAAUGACCCAACUUGCACUUCUUGGUGUUGUUGCCACAGCAACCACUGAAGAGAAAUCUGUGCCUGUCCUGAUGCUACGGUGCUCGCCGUACCGCAUUGAGGGGGAUGUAGCAGUCCGACACGAGCAGAUGGGAACCUCAAGAUCGACAGUGACUCACCGACAGCGCGACACACAUAGAUAACCGACAAGGAGGAGAGACAUGUGAUAGCGAUAAGCAUCGGUUACCUCGCACCUUGACGGGGAGACACUGGAAAGACGAUGUUGGACGGUGUACCAAGUUGUCGACCUACACUUGCGGAUCAAUGAGGACUGACCAUGCUGCUGGACCGACGUCCUGGGAAUACCAGUGGAGGGAAUACCGUGCCAUCGCUAUAGAAUACCAGUGGAGGGAAUACCGCGCCAUCGCUAUAGAAUACCAGUGGAGGGAAUACCGUGCCAACGCUCCAGAAGUACAACACCCUCAAGAUAUUCUGAAGGAUAUAAUCAAAUAAAUCCUUCCCUAUUUGUAUUUCAAUCCUAGCAAUAUUGGCACUAGCAACUGUGAACAUCUUUACUGCCCCCUUAUUCUGUUGUAUAUUUCCGCUUCUUACCCACGUUACAAAUGACUUGACUUUCAAAUCUGGAAUGUUCUUGUAUUAAGUUGUAGUACUGAUUGUUUCCCACUGAAAAAACAUCAGCAGAAUUAAGAAUUUGUACAAAAUUCACUGAGCAAUGUUGUAUGUGUGAGAAUACUAAAACCAUGAGUGUGCAGCGUCUGAGUAAAUAUCUCAGAUCCAUGUCUGGAUGCACUAUGUCAGUUCUAAACUAAUGUAAACUCAGCACUAUAUGUUGUUUGCAAAGCAAAACCUAUUGAGCAUGCAUACUGUGAACACGAUUUGCAUUAUUUGAAUGUAGUCAGGACCAUUCAGAAAUAUUUAUCAGGGCAUGAUUGUUGUCUGUGCAAAGUAUACGUAAUUUGUUAAGUAGCCUAUUAUUGUAUGUAAAUGCAUUUUUACAGUGAAAAAAGUGUGCCAUCAUAUCAGUUUUCUAGAUCAGGAUUCUGACCCACGUCUUUUGAGCUUCUAAAUGGAUGUUACCGGCUUACUCAAAUUUACCGGGGAAAAUAAAUCGUACAAAUCUUGAAUCAGGGACAAAAAGUUACCAGAAACUGCAACCGCUGGUGAUUCCCUGGUGCAGUCUUUAUGUUUUCUGUGCCAUUUAAACCCAUUAUUCCUGUAUAGCUCUCCUGCAUUACUAACUGCUUUCCUAGCUAGCUGGGCUUUGCUCCCUCUUGUCCCUCUCAGGAUGAGCCAAAAGUCUGAUAAGUUGGAAAAGUUGGACUUGGAGGUGAACCAGAGCUCCCAGCCUCUGGUCUACACCGUGGAGGAACUGGAGUGCAAGAUUUGCUACAACCGCUACGACACGCGCACUCGCAAGCCCAAGCUGCUGGGCUGCCUUCACCGUGUCUGCGCCAAAUGCCUCAAGAAGAUCGUGGAGAACUCGUCUCCCAGCGUCGUCAGCUGCCCCUUCUGCCGCCACGAAACCCACGUGCCGGACGAGGAGGUCUGGCUACUGCAGGAUGACAGCAACAUCCUGGCCAUCCUCAGCUACCAGGACCGAGCCAGGAAGAGUGGCGGCUCGAUCCCCCCCGGCGGGGAAGUGCUGCUCACCCCCGGCAGCCUGAAUGGUGACGGCGUGGGCGGCGGCUGCGUCAACGCUGGCGGCGAGCAGUCGCACAGCUCCUCGGACUGCCUGGUCAUCACCAUCGUGGAGAUGCCGGGGGAGUCGCAGUCGUCGGACACCAUGAGCAUGCUCAACAUGGUCCGGCUGUACCGCCCCGCCAGCAUGGCCUCGCUGCCCUGUCACCUGCCGGUGCAGAAGUGCGGCGCAUGGACCUCGCGCUCCCUGCCCAGCUUCCUCGUCGGCGUCCUGUGUCUGGUCUACUUCUCGUCGCUGCCGCUGGGCAUCUACCUGCUGAUGAUCCAGCAGCUCACGCUGGGCGUCGUCCUGGUCAGCCUGGUGCCCUCCACCCUGCUGCUCUGCGUCUUCUACGGCUUCUGCCAAUGCCUGUGCCAGGAAAUCAUCCAGUCCAUAGCCACAUAGCCACUGCCCCCCCUUCCCUCCCCCAACCACCCCCCAACAUCCCACCCACCACCCUUACUCCGCCGCGUUACCCCGAGGCGUGGACACUGCAUUAGCAAAACCUGUAAAAAGGCUGUAGUCGUGUGACUACAGUAUAUCCUGUCUUUGGCGUACGGUACAACCCCACCUUCCCAUUGUAGUCCUUCAGAUGAUACCAGCACUGAUAUGAAGACUUCAGAGUGACUGUGUGGAUUUGUACACGAAGGGCUUUCCACUGGAACAACCGUGACGAGUCAACCCGUGAAAGUUCGUUAAAAUUGUUUUCUUAUUACACAGCUCAACCUGCAUCAGACUGCUGUUGUGUCUGUUUCGUACUGCUCGGCGGAAUGGGCUUCAGUUAUUACCGAAAUGUGUUGUUAAAACAUAGAAUAUAACCCCUCUCUCGUUUUCCCGCGGCAGUGACCGUACGUGAAGUGAUAGCGCUGUAGGUGACCUGGUCUGCUGGGCACUCGGCCGCGGGACCAUAUGAUGACGCAUUGCGACGUUCAGCAUUGGCUCUGUGUGUACCGUGGAACUUGCCUUUGUAAGGCGUGUCUUUCUGUGUUCCCGUAGUAACUUAACGUUGUAAUAUCAACCCGUCUUGUGUCACUGCAUUCGAAACGGACAAACCGUCUAAACUGUUACUGGAUAUCAAAUAAAGACUCAAGCCACUUU